GUAUUUAAACGGUAUCACCGCAUCGACAUCCGAAACACUGCUGGCCGGUUGGUCGCACUGCGCCUAUUCAGCGUAUCGCCAUUCAGCCAUUGGCCCAGCGCCUUCCUAGUUCCUUGUAUUGUUUUCGUCCCAUUUUAUAACGACUGAUGGUUAUGUUUUGUAGGUAGUUUGAAUUUUCAAAAUCUCAUCACAUAAUAAAUAAUAAUAUUAUUAUUUACUAUACAUUAUUCACUUACAUGGACAUGAUCGGCGUUUAGAGUACAUUGUAGUUCGACGUCCCCGAGUCCGCGUCGUUCCGACCAACAACCGUCUAUAACAUAAAAUUAUACCAAUUCAACAUGAACAACCAAACAAGUACAACAGAUUCAACAUUUAAAAUGCCAAUGGCACCUCCAGUUUAUCCUUCACAAUCCGAAGCUUUACUCUUUCAAGACAUUAUAGAAGAGAAAACUAUUGCACUUCACAGUAUAUUGAAUGAUUUUUUGAAGGUCCAUCCUUAUCGUAAAUUUGAUAUUGAAUUUAAUAUGUUUUUAAAACGUGUAAAACGCAUUAUCAUUGAUGGGCAUCGUGCUGGUGCUAAUGUCUCUCGAAUUACCAAUUCAUCACAUAUCGCUCCACUUUACGCUAGGCCAUCAGCAAGUUUCAAUUAUAGGCCAUCUACAACUCUACGAGGAUGA